AUGUGCCAAGCCGCAGCAGGGUUCAGAGCUUUGAACCCUCCAGAGAGCACUUCUCCCGUCGCACAUCCCUUCAGCACACAACAUCAGACGACAGGACCCAGUACAGCAACAAUGGUUCAAUAUCGAGGUCGCGCGGAGUUCAGCAAUCUGCUAUUGCAUGACUGGAAGUUGAUGCGCCGAGAAGAUUGCAGUCGCGAACAACUGCGCACAGAGCUGAAGUUGAAAGGGCACCACAUCUCCAAGUCCGCGGCGAAAUCGCUCUCUCACGAGCAGCUGCAAGACCGGCUUUCGCGAGUUGAUCGUGGGCUCAUGUUGUAUGGCAGAGAGUCAGAAGCUGAACUGCGAGAUCUAUGUCAGAAGCGCAACAUCCCCAGCACGAGCACCACGACCAAGCCGCAGCUCAUCAGCGCCCUCGAGAAAGCCGACGAGGACCGCACAUUCCUACGCUUCAUGGAUCUGCCACCGGAACUCCGAACUCGCAUCUAUGACUUCUACUUCGAGCCGCUUCAUCGCGUCCGCUGGGACGUAGCCCCCUACACAAUUCCGCCGCCGCCUAUCACUAUAGUCUCUAAACAACUCCGGCUCGAAUCACACCCUCUCUUCUACAACCUCUGA